AUGAGCCAAGCCCAGCUUCCUUCGGCUGAGACCAAGCCCCAAGGGGUCAGGCCUCACAUCUGCUGCGCACCUCCUCCACGACCCCCCACUUCCCUCUGCAGUACCCCACUCGUGGUCAGAGCCGAACCCCGAAGGGGCGGACAGCAGCCGAGCCAGCCGGAGGACAGCAAGCCCUGCUCAGCCGAACCCGGCCGAGACAGUUCCCGGGAGCCUACCGAAGCGUACCCGUCUGAGCCAGCCCCCGACAGCGGCUGGCUGAGCGCCGACGAGUCCUCGGGCUACGAGAGCGAGAGCGCGGGGGGGGAGCGCGCCGCUGCAGCGACCGAGGGGGAGAGCCGGGUGCGGCAGCGGCGGGCGCGGACCGCCUUCACCUCGGACCAGGUCUGCAGGUUGGAGAAGACCUUCCAGCGCCAGAAGUACCUGGGGGCCUUGGAGCGGAGGAAGCUAUCUGCUGCCUUGCAGCUCUCGGAGAUUCAGAUCAAGACAUGGUUUCAGAACAGGAGGAUGAAGCUGAAGAGGCAGAUACAGGACAACCAGCACAGCCUCGUGGCUCCUGCUCCACUCUACAGCUUCCCCGCAGGCACCUCCCCGGCUCUGUUCCAGGAUGGGUUCCGCUACCCCUUUGCCUCUCAGCACCAGAGACUCUUGCCUUUUGCCCCGAUGCCUGCUGUGCAGUUCGGCUUCUCCUUUCCCGGAUAUGACGCAUCGCAAAGUACCUACCACUUCAUGGCAAAUGAGCUGCCCUACUACCAUCGACACUUUCUCCCUCAUCCUUCCUUCCAUCCAGUUAUUCAGAACAAAAUGGACAAACAAUGUCACCCUGUAUAUGCAUUAUAG